AUGGGCAGCGUAGGUGGCGAUCGUGGCACACAGAUUUUUGUUAGCCCUCAGGAGCUCAAAGCGAGCAAGGAGUACCAAUCGAACUCGCUUCUACCAACAGCACCCUUUUCCAACUUGCCAAUUUUGGCUCCCAACAAACUGCAAAAGAAGAGGGAAGAGAAGGCUCAACCCCAUGUUGGCAUCUCGACUAAAAACAAUGCAGCGCAGUCUGAAGGAACUCUUGCGGUGCAAAGAGUGUCUCCUUGGACAAAAUACAAGAAAAUAAUCACCUUGCUUGACUUGGGCGGCGAAGUAAUUGUGUCAAGAAAGAAAGGCUCUUUGGAUAUGGUUGGUGUGAAGUCGGUCAAGAAAGACAAGGAGAACGAGACGUUGGAAUGGCUGCGUAAGCUGCGACAUUCCAAUAAUAUCGCUGCAUUAGAGGUAUUCUCAACAGAAAGCGCCCUAUAUGUUGUCUACGAAGAGAUGCAUACACCGCUAGAGCAUAUUGUGAGGUCGACCGCUUUCCCAAGCAGCAAGGAGAUUGGGAUAAUAUUAGGACAGAUCUUAGACGGCCUAAUGUGCCUUGAGAGCCUCGAACGCGCACACGGAUUGCUCAGUUGUGAUAACGUUCUCCUUCACAGGACUGGCCUCGUUAAGCUAGAGCAAAGCAUUCGUUCCCGAGUUCAAGCUGUGGUCGGCAUCGCCCAGGCCCGGUUCCGCCCAUACCAGAGCGCUUGCGGGCGAGCUAGUGCUGUCUUGCGUGAGGAGAAAAUUAAUGGUACCGUUCUGGAGGAAGGCAGUGUAGGCAAGAUUGGACUCCCGGCACCUGAAGCUUCGAGCGAGAGGGUCCCGGGCAUGGUCAUGUGUCGGUUUGCCUCGGCAGCUCUACGGGGGUUGAACGACAUCUACAUCCCAGACCCCGAUUAA